UCCACGCAGGGAGCAGAGACCCUCAUCACCCCUCUCCCCAGCAGGGGGAAGGGUACGUUACAGUCUAGAGAAGCUUGGUAGUGGGGGGACCAGGCCCAGCUGAGGGUGCGGUUGAGGGGGUGCCCUGAAGACCAGGAGGGUGGGAAAGGCCACCAACUCGGGGAUUCAGUGGUUAGCCAGGCCCCCCGCCAGCCACCACCCCCAACAGCUUUCUAUAGGGUGUCUCACUUUUCAACCUGAAAGGCCAGCCAAGGAGUAUUGAGACAUUUGAAGGAACCCUCUCAAAGAAACAAAAGAGGAAUUUUGGAGGAGGAGCAGCAAUACAGGGAAAGAUAAAAACUUAAAAAAAUUCACAGUAAUUACUAUCUUCCCAAGGAGGAGAGAUGGUAUUAUGCUGAGAAAGAAACAGUAUGAGAAUGACAUGAGGGAACAAGAAAAAGAUCCUGGAGAUAAAUAUGAUGAUAAAAUAGUUUUAAAAAUAAUAGAAGUACUGGAAGGUAAAGUAGACUACAAAGAGACAAUUGGGAGAUUUACCCAGGUUAUGCACCAUCUGAGCUCUGGAGAUGCAGGAAGGAAGGGGAGGGAUGAAGGGUCCUGGCAUCCGUGAUGAGUCUUCAGACGGAGAUCUGUGGCACAAUGAAUGGAAAAAACCCGCACAGAGGGUCCUCACUAUGGGACCUCACAGUCCACGGGAGAGAAGACCACCCUAGAAGCCUCCCGAGAGAAGAGCCUGAUUCUGUACAAAGGACUGUGGGUCCCAACUGCCCUGGAUGGCUCAGCAUGAGUUUGGGACAUCAGAAGACAAAGAAGAGAUGCCUUUAGAGUUCUGAAAGAAAUUAUUUCUAGAAUUCUCAUCCUCAGUUCACUCAGUCAUGUCCGACUCUUUGCAACCCCAAGGACUGCAGCACGCCAGGCCUCCCUGUCCAUCACCAAUUCCCAGAGUUUAUUCAAACUCAUGUCCAUUGAGUCGGUAAUGCCAUCCAACCGUCUCAUCCUCUGUUCUCACCCUACGUACACAAUUAAUUGAGGCUGGUAAAGAAGAAGCUUCAAUCAAAUGAGGGAGUUAACCAAGAGGGGGCCGUGGGACCUAGGGAUGGGGCUCUGAGAGAAGCCUGGGGAGCCCGGGGCACCACAGACCCAGGCUGGGGCAGGAGAGACACAGAGCCACAGCCCCAGGGAAGAACAGAGGCGACGGGUGGUCAGGGUGGAAAGGAUUCUUAUGGUGUUUCCAGAAAUCAUGAGGCCGAAGGACUGACUGUCAGAGAAACUUGAGCAAAGCACAAAAAAAGAAAAAGGAAAAAAUAGCUGAAACAAUUUUUAAUUCCAAGAAAAACAAAUAGUUGUCCAAGAAAGGAAAUUAAUCAUAGUACACUCUGUGCUUUAUCUGAGAGCAGUGUUUACAUAGUUGUGAUGCUGAACUGAAUAUGGACUUGACCAAAGUCUGUGAUGUGAGCCCUGCUAGAGGAGUGGGGCUGAGUGACAGGCGCAUUUAAUGCAGACUUACCGAGCAUGCGAUGUCAACUGCUGCGCCUUCACUGCGGUCCCCCGAGGCGGGUGGCUGACACAACUUCCUGACAGUCCAGGAAACCGAGGCCCAGAGAGGUGAUGUGGUUUGCUUAAGGUCACACAGCUGCCGAGGCCACUGUGCUGAGUCCCAGGCCGGCAUCCUUAACCUCGGGGGCCCUGAAGAAGGAAGGAACACUGAGAGGUGCGGUUAACGUCAUGCCCGGGCCAGAAUGUAAACGGAGCACUACUGAAACCGGAGCUCCCUGUGGUACCGAAGACAGCUCUGGCCGCCUGGCCCCCGUGUUCGUGUACGGGACGCUGAAGACGGGCCAGCCCAACCACCGGGUCCUGCUGGACGGUGCCCACGGGUGCGCGGCCUUCCGGGGCCGGGCCCGCACGCUGGAGCCCUACCCGCUGGUGAUCGCGGGUGAGCACAACAUCCCACGGCUGCUGAACCUGCCGGGCCGCGGACACCGCGUGUUCGGCGAGGUCUAUGAGGUGGACUUACGGAUGCUGCGCUUCCUGGACGAGUUCGAGAGCUGCCCCGACAUGUACCAGCGCACCCGCCUGCACGUGGCCCUGGAGGGCGCACGCGCGCCCCUGGAGUGCUUCGUCUACACCACGGCCACCUACCCGCCAGAGUGGGUCCACCUGCCGUACCUCGACGAUUACGACUCGCAGGGGAAGCACGGGCUCCGCUACAACCCGCGGGAAAACAGAUGAGCCCAGCAGGCGAGGGAGGCUGGGGACCAGCCCCGAGGGGCCGCGCUCGCUGAACGAGGGCACGAUAACGCCCCUGGAAACCUGUACUUGAAACAAACACUCGAUCUGUCGGGGGUGGGCGGGGGAGAACACCUCUUUUUCAGUGGCAGCCAAUUUCCCAAAUAAUUUGGAGGUACUGAUAACAAGACUGUUCCUGAAAUCUGUCUCACUAUGCUGCUUUCUUGCUUGCUGCUUAAAGAGCAUCUUGGGUUUGAAUGUACUGGAUGAGAAAAACUCAGGACUUUAAUUCCCCUAAAUGAUAUUUGAAAACUCAUGUUAUCAUGCUUUUCUGAUUAUGCUGGGUUUUUCUUUUUCCUUGCUUUGCUCUGAUCUGAAGAUAACAUUUAAAAUGAGUAUCAAGUCUGUGUGACAGCUAGAUUUUAACAGCCCUGCCGUAUUCAUCCUGACCUGUAGCACUGAGAAAAGAAAAAAUUUUAAGCUGAUUUAAGACAUCUUAAUGUAAUAAAAGAACCUCAAGAAACA